CAAGAGGAAAAAUACACACAAACCCUCAAAAUUAUCCAAUUCCCAAGCCGCCGCCACCCGAGUCAUCAUCAGGCCUCUCUCUCACCACCGCACCCCACGCCGGCCGAAAUCAACCCCGCCGCCAUUCAAUUCAUGUUCUCUACUUUUCGCCGCCAUUGUCAACCCGCCAACCUGAAAGAGAAGCACAUCAUUUUGUCAAUUGAUUUUUUCAGAUUCACCGACUCCGCCGCAGCCUCUGUCGCUUCUAGUCGCCGCCUCCAUGGAUCAUUUUGCCCCUUACUUGUUGAACAAGCUCUUUCUCUAGCUCCGCUCAACGAGCCGAGCUCGAGCUCGAGCCCUAAUAGACGACCCGAGCUCGUCUACAGCCCGAUUUAAUGGCUUUUGAGCUCUGUGUGUUUGUUGAUUAGCUCAAAUUUAAUGGCUUUUGAGCUCUGUGUGUUUGUUGAUUAGCUCAAACGAGGGCAAUUUGGGGCUGCAGCAAGCGUUCAUUUGAGGUAAUCUUCGAGAAUUUGACAGUAUGUGUUAUUGCUACGAAUAUGUUUAGGUAAAUUUUGAGUUAGGUUAUGCUUUAGAUGAUUUGAUUUUGAAGAUGGAUCGACUCAGUGAGUUGCCCGACUCUGUUAUAUUUCACAUAUUUUGGUCGUUGCCUAUGUGGGACGUUGUUAGGACAACAAUUCUGUCAAAGCGCUGGUUAAACCUCUGGACCACCACCCCCUUCCUUAAUUUUGGUGAUCCUCGUAUGCAUUUUGGUACCGUAGAUCGAUUUCGAAACUUCGUUCAGCGGGCUUUAUUACGCUGGGAUGGGGUAAGGGUUCUGAAAUUCAAGGUUGAAAGUGAUACCACUGAUGAGGAGGAUUGCGAACCAAUACAUGAGGAUGCUGAUUUGUGGGAUUUGCCAAGAAAAUUUGAACCAAUACACGAGGAUGUUGAUUUGUGGGUGCGAUUUGCCAAGAAAUUUGAAGUCGAAGAGUUAUACUUGCAUAUGGUGAUUCAAGAUGAUCAUGAAUCACGGAGUGGUGAUAUUGAUGAUUUAAUACAUUGGGUGCCACAGUUUCUGUACUCAUGCUCAUCGCUUAAAGUGUUAUCGAUCGAGAAUUGUUACUUUAGAAUUAAGGGGAAUGUGCAGUGGAAUCAUCUCAAGAGUCUAACAAUUAGUAGAGGUUAUGGGGUCACUGAAGACGUGAUGAAUCAAAUAUUGUGUGGUAGCCCUCAGUUGGAAGUCUUAAUCAUGUCUUUUUUUGAAUGUAGUAAAAGCUUGUGUAUCCGAUCUAAUAGUUUGAAAGAGCUGUCGAUUAACAAGCAUUUAUAUGAUUAUGAUGCAUCUACUUAUACGACGACGGAGCUGAGAAUUUGGACUCCAAAUCUUAAAACCUUAGAAAUUAAAGGAGUUCCAUUUAGCAAGUGUUUGUUGAUGAAUGUCUCAUCUUUAAACCGUGCAACUCUUGGGUGUUAUGGUCUACAUCAUUAUGGUGAGACACAUUGGUAUCACAGGAUUGAUGGCUUCACAAGUCAUUUUCUUGGAGAUUUAUUUGGUCAAAUUCUGCCAAGCAUCCAACAUGUUGAACACAUCACAUUAUCAUCCUGUUGCGACAAGGGGCUUGGAGCUAUGAUAGAGGGAUACACGUAUUCAUCUUAUCCUAAUGUCAAGUCCUUACUGCUCAGAUUUCAUUACUUUAAAUUUGUAAGUAUGAUUGAGAUUUCCCCUCCAUUAAAGAAGUUAGUCAUUGAAGUUAGAGAAAGGUGCAUGUUCUCUGAUCUGCAAAAUUCACUGGGGGUUGAUCGUGAGAUCUACCUCGAGUUGAAAAAAAAUAUUCCUAUGUGCUUUGUGCUGCAGUUGAGGACAAUUGAGGUUACUUUUUUUGAGGGCCUUGAGGCUGACAUUGUAUUUCCACUUCUAGAGUUUCUGUUGAAAAAUGCGAGUAAGCUGGAAAAGAUUGUGUUCCGAGUAAAAGGACCACUAAAUUCUUUGCUUCGUGCAUCGCAGAAGCUGAUGAAAAUGCCAAGAUCCUCGCGAACUGCACUAUUUACUUUCGGUGAAUAUUGAUCUUACCAAGCUAUCUUCAGUCAUAGGUAACUACAUGGGUAAAAUGGCAGCAUUAUGUUCUGUGCUUGAUAUCCUUUUUGCUUCGUCUGACUCUGUUUCUUUCCUCUCUUAUAUUUUGGGAUUAUAUUCCCUUAUUCAGUGAAGCAAAGCAAUUUGACACAUUUGGAUUAAUUUGAUAUGUAUCACUUGUUAACUUCUUAUUGCUCUUUUGUAUUGUGUUGAUGCCGUUUCCAUAUAUGUAUCACGCUUGUUAACUCGAUUGUGUGACACUUUUUUCAUA